UCAAAAAAGCUGGAAAAAGUAAGGUACAGAUUGGCAAUAGGUCGGUAUGUGUCUCUGAUUUGAAACACUGUAAUCGGAAAGAAAGUUCUUUAAAAAAAGAUAUUAGAAGAUCAAAGAAAAGAAUUCAACAAUCACGAUUAAAAAAUUUAAACACUAAGAAGUUUUGUGAUCAACUUCAAAACUUGACUCUAGAAAAUGUUCCUAACUUCAGGAAUAUGUCUUCAGAAUUUCCUCAUAUGCUCUUAGAUUCAAAGUCUCCCAAAAAAUCUCAAGAAAGAAAUGAAAAGGAAACGAAAAUUACAUCGGUAAAAAAGCAAGAAAAGAUCAGAAUUCAAUCAUUAGUUCAACGCCAGAAGAAUAUAAUCAAUCAACAUGUAAAUCGACGAAAUGAGGAGGAAAGGCAUGUAUUUCCUACAACGGAGGAAAACGAAAAGCAUUUUGACAGUGAAAAGGAAAAAAAGUUAAUUAGAGUAAGUCAAAUCUGGAGAGACAAUAAAAAAUGGGAAAAACUUUUCAAAAGAGAGCUCCGAACGCUUAAAGAAAUGGAACAAUUUUUAGAAUAUUUAAGAGAAAAGGAUUUGCAAAAACAUUCUUACAAAUGCAAAAAGAUGAUCAAGGAAUUGCCAAAUCCAUUUGUAGAUAAAAAAGAAAAAAGUUUGUCGGCAACUGAAAACUGUGGACAUCUAAUCUCUGACAGUGCUCAAAAAAGAGAAAUUCAAAAUAAAAUUAAGAGGAAAACAUUUUUUGAGAAAUCAGAUGAAGGUUCUGAACCGACGUCAAAAGGUUUUUCAAAAUUUCGAAGCAUUGCAAGACAGGAAAAUAAGCAGAAGGAACGUCAUAAAAAGGUUUCGAAGCAAGGAAAAUGUAUUCCUAACUUGAAAAAGAACGAGGAGGAGAAAAAAUGUCAUUUGCAAGAACAAAAUAAACAUCGUAUUUAUAACAACAAAUCAGAGCAAUCUGUAGAAUCGAUACCACUUAAUUCUUAUUAUAAAUUGAAAUCAAAAAGGCAGUUUACAGCUGAAAAACACAAAAUUUCAAAAGAAUUUCAUAAUUGGAAACAAGAAAAGAAGAAUUCUGAAUGGGAUAAAAUAAAUUAUGCAAAUAAAUUAGCAAAUGGAAAAAUGUAUGAAAUAAGAAUGGCACGCAGCGAUAUAAAUAUGGCAUCAACUUUAGAUCAAAAUACGCAUAGAUGUACUUUACCAAGGGGAUUAAACUUGAAAAGCAUGUUUAUUCUCGGAGAUAAAAAAUUAGGUCUGUUCAAAAACAAAUUUCUGUUGAAAGUGAAAGGAAAUCAGAUUUAUUUAGAGAGCGCAGAAACAAAACCGAAACAUAAACUGACGAAAGGGAAACAAAAUCGAAAUUCCAUGGUGAAUCGUAGCCAAUUGAAAAGUUUCUUCAUAAAGGCAUCCGCAGGCACGAACUCGAAAGAAACGGGAGGUGAAUUUCAUUGCUUUUCGGGCGGCGGGAAAAACGAGGAAACCACAUUAGAGGAAAUGGAAUCUUUCCUACGACAACUGCGCCUGAAGAAAAAAACAACUUCAACUUCGCAGAGCAGCCGAUUUGAUUCGAAAUCUCAUGCCAGCGAAGUAACGGACAGAGCUCGUGACGAGCGGAGAGCGAAAUUGUUGUCUUGCAUGCAUGACAGCCCGAAGAAAACAGCCAGGUUGCUCGAAGAUCUAAAGAGACACGGACGACAGUCAGACGAUAAUUUCGCGACGGAAUCGAAGAAGCAAAAAUUAUUGCGAAAAAUGCGGGAGGAGACGGAUGCGAUUAUUUCGGAGGGUAACUCACAUCUCAGACGUGGAGCAGGGCUGAAUACAGAAAAUGGUGAAAUUCCUGAAGUAACCAAUGCGAGGGAAGAUUGCAAACAAAACGAAAAAUUCGACGUAUCCUUUAAAAUUAAAAAACUAGAACAGGAAAAGAAUGAUGUGACGCAGUGUGAAAACAAUCAAAAUUGCGCAAAAACUUCUUCAGAAUUGCGAAUAUUAAACGUCUUACGAGCAAAACGAAAGGAUGCCAAGAUGAAAAAAAAAACAAUAAUCAAUAAUGAAUGAUUAAUAAAUGAGUUGUGA